UCGAUUAUCUCUCACGUUUUUCAUGUUUCGUGUCAAUAAUUUUGUUUAUUACAUCAUCUAAAUUUUUUUCAAAAUUUAAAAAUUUGUACGUAAAGAAGCGACUGUGCAAAGUAAUUUAGUUUAAUUGUUUCUGUGCACUUAACUCAAUCUAACCUAAAAAUGGCUAUUGCGAUGAAGACUAUAAGUAUCAGGAGUCUCUUAAAGUUAGCUCGGUCGGCUUUCCCAACAUAUAAUGAGAAAUUCCAACCACUUUUGAUUACACAAAUGCGAACUGCCGCUACAAAGGAGGCCCAGCCAGAAGAAACUGUAGAUCCAUUACAAGUCAUUGCAGAAAAAAUCUUGGGCAAAGGAGAACUGACAGAUAAUGAAAGAAAACUAGUCGUAGAAAUUGAUAGAUUGACUAAAGAGGUUGGCACUUUAUCAGAAGACAAAUUAGAAUUGGAUGACAAAUAUAAAAGGUCACUUGCCGAUAGGGAAAACGUCAGGCAACGUUUAACAAAACAAAUCGAGGAGGCAAAGCAAUUUGGUAUCCAAGGUUUCUGUAAAGACUUGAUUGAAGUAGCCGAUGUGCUAGAUACAGCCACCAAGGCUGUGCCAAUUGAUGAAGUGAAUGAAAAGAACCCACAUUUGAAAAAUCUUUAUGAAGGUCUCACUAUGACUAAUGCUUCUUUAAAACAAAUGUUUGGUCGCCAUAAACUUGAGCCUGUGGAUCCCUUAAAUCUAAAGUUUGAUCCAAAUUUCCAUGAAGCUCUUACACAACAAGAAGUCAAAGACAAAGAAGCCGGUAUGGUUGUAUCAGUUAUCAAAAUUGGUUAUAAACUGCAUGAACGUUGUUUACGACCGGCUUUAGUUUGUGUAUCAAAAAGUCCUUGAAUUUCCAAAUAUUAUGUAAGUGCAGAACACACAACAAAAUUGUAAAAUAAUUUUAUAUUUAACAUUAUAAACAAUAUCACUUAGUAAUACAUUCUGUUAUUAGUUACUGAAAGUGUUUUCUUAAAUUUAAAUAAAAAAGAACUUAAUAUAA